AUGCAGUUUUUUUGCAGAUUGGUGAAGAUUUUCUCCCAAAACGUGGAGGAAAAGUUGCAUCUUGCGCCUUUGGAUCACGUGUCCACCAUGCGGCCUUUGUUGUUGAGAGGGACAAGGAAAGAGGAGUUUGUGGAUUCCACUGAUUCUCCGAACACAUCUGACAAUGAGGGCACAGAGGACGUCCCACUGAAGACACAAUUCCCCAGAGAUGCAGAGGAGCUGGGGUACCGGGACCCAGACUCAGACCUGCUCUCGGAGGCCCAGGCUGGUCCUGGAUUCUCUGCAGCUCUUCAUGAUGACAGAACAGACCUGACUGAGGUGAAAGGGCUUCUGGAGAUCGCUCUGUUAGAGAAACACUUCCUCCAGGAGGAGCUGAGGAAACUCAAGGAGGAAACAAACAUAGACAUUUUGAAGCAGGAUUUGGAGCGAGAACGACUCAAACGUGUAGAAUUGGAACAGAAAGUCCAAGAGGCGCUCAAGAACAAAGGACCAGAGGACUCCCCAUCUCACUCUCAAAGGGUUCCUACACCGGUCACUCCUGCUCCAGAAGUCCCAGAGAAACAGAGAGAGUCCAUCUAUAACCGUUUCUUGAAAUGGAUUUACGAUCGAUUCGGAGUUUACAUCGAAGACUUCAGGUUUCAGCCUGAAGAGGAGACUGUGGAGACGGAAGAACCUCUCAGCGCCAAGCGGUUGACAGAAAACAUGAGACGACUGAAGAGAGGAUUCAGACCUGUGUCAAAUUUCAAGAGAAACGUCAGGGCUCUGUCCAGCUGGUAUUCGGUCUACACUUCAGGAAUCGCUUUUCUGAUUUACAUGUACGCAGCGUGGUACGGCUGGACUAUACCCAUGUUCCUGUUUCUAGCCAUUGUUCGUCUCUCCUUAAAUUACCUCAUUGCAAGAGGUUGGAGGAUACAGUGGACCAUUGUUCCAGAAAUUUACGAACCAGUGGAGCCGCCCAAAGAGGAUUUAACAGUUUCAGAGAAGUUCCAGUUGGUCCUUGAUGUUGCUCAGAGAGCUCAGAAUAUAUUUGGGAAAAUGGCGAAUAUCCUGGAGAAAAUUAAGAAUUUGUUCAUCUGGGUCCAGCCAGAGCUUACGCAGAAGCUUUAUGUGGGUCUGUGGGUGGCCUUCCUCGCCUCCUGCUUCCUCCCCUUCAAACUGCUCGGCUUCAUCAUCGGCGUUUACGCAGGGAUCAAGUUCUUCGUCAUUGACUUCUUCUUCAAGCGCAGCCUCAAACUCAGACGGCGUUUUGACACUCCAUACAUCAUUUGGACAAACCUACCCACAGACUUGCAGCUGAAGGAGCGGAGCAGCGGCUGCACGCUGAGCCGCCGGCCCUCUGAGUGUGAACAGGCGACUUCUGCCUCUGGUCGCAGUCAUAACGGCGCUGCUGCUGCGAUGGGGCCGAUCAGAGAAGAGGAUUCGGGACGAACUUACAGCACCAAACGAGGCCCUUUCCAUGAAGUCUUCAACCUGUCUGAGACAGAGCAACCCCUAACAGAUUGUGAGAACGGUUGGCGCUGCUGCCUCAUCAACAGAGACAAGAAAACGCCAACAGACUACAUCCGUAAUGGAGUCCUCUUCAUCACAGAGAACUUCUUGUGUUUUGAGGUGUCCACUUCUCGAUCGGGACCAUCCAAAAGAAACAAAGUGAUCAGAUUGAAUGAAAUUAUUGAAGUCCAGAAAGUAGACGGGUACAAAGUGCUGUCAGUUCUUCCUGGUUCUGGGAUGGGCAUCUCUAUAGCAACGCCAAACACACAGAAGCCGCUGGUUUUUGGGGGAAUGAUGCACAGAGACGAAGCCUUUGACGCCAUUGUGUUUCAGCGAGCAAAAGUUACCAUGACAUCAGACACAGAAGAGGAGACUAAUUUAAUUUAG